AUGCCAGAACAAGGCCAAAGUACUCUUGUUAAAAAUCCUGAUGAAAUAGCUCGACAACUAGAAAAAGCCUACGGUAUGAAACCAAAUUCAAUACGCACCACUUCUAUUAUAAUCAAUAGUGGCGGAACGAAUAAUGCUAAACGUCGCCAUCGUCAAACAGAAAGAAAAAGCCGUGAACUGUAUGUAAAUCUUUUGCAUGACUUUUAUUAAUAAUGCAUGAGUUCUCGACAUAUAUCUAAAUUUAUUUUAGAUCUGACUGUCAGCACUUGGGUGCUAAUCGUACACGUGUGAUGAUCAGUUUCCAUGUAAUCUUCUCACCCAUCUGUGCUAGUUCACCGCUUUGCAGAGAAAACCUCAUCAGUGACAUCACAAUGAAGUUAACAACGCUUGCUGUACCUAUGGAAUCAAAUUUUCAGUUUCAUGGCGGAAAGUCUGCUAAGCUUCUAUUACUUCCUUGCAAAGAAGUCACAACAAGGGGUAACAAAUUUUAUUUUGUAUAUAUCCUCACAUGCUUUGACACUUGUUUAGACUUUUUCUUUGAAAAAUUCUAGUAGCAAUAGGCUUUCGUAUAAAAUCAGGUUCUUUGAAAUUUAAUUAUUCGAUGAUAUUCAAUUCCAUAAAUUGAUAAAUGAUGUAACAUUAGUAUUUAGAAAAUAUGGAACUUUUGGACUUUUGAGCAUUUCGUCGAAGAAGAAAUGAUAUAAAAGUUAUCUUUCAAUGUAUUAUAAUUAUCUUUCAUGUUAAAAAGUAUUUUACUUAUAAGAUAUUUAUGAGAUAGUGAGAUAUAUCAGUAUCACCUUCAUGGUAUGAUUGUGGCUGGCAUCCACGAUGAAUCUUAAUGAGAUCACUUUCAUACGUACUAUUCGUGCAGUUGGGUCAAAUAAAAAUAUACUCAUCAAGAAAGCUUCAAUCACUGAUUUCCGCCACCAUUUUUCAUUUCAAUUUUUGUUAAUUAAUUUUUCUUACAAAGCACUGUUAGCUAUAGGAUUUGGACUUUGACUCGUUAUCUGUACGUAGGCUCUUGAUAUUAAACAGAGAAGAUAGAUGAAUUACUUAUCUUAAUUACAUAAAAGUAAACUGAAAGAAUAAUGUGACAUGAUUUUUCCUGAAAGUAGAACUAAACAUAUUCGAAUAAUAUAGAACGCGUGUUCAGAAGCGCUUGUAUCAUGAAGCAAUUUUUUUUUCAUUUAAAUAAAUUGCUUACAAAUAAAAAUCAACUGAUAAUAUUGCACUAGUAGUCAGUGAAAUUUAAUUCGAAAUAUCAACAUUAAAUUGAAACUAAUAUAAAAAUAUUAGUCUAUAUUUGAAAUGAAAAGAAUCUAUGGUCUUUUUUCGAAUCGUUUUUUAUACAUUUCAAAUUUAAUGGAAAAAUUCACCUUUAAUGCCUUCUUUGUAUAGUGUUGACUUUUGUGAGGAUAGAAAUGUUUCACUUCAUAUAUAUUUUGUGCAUUCACUUUCCAUUAGUGCUUCAUAUUUAUAACCUCACGGUGUAUGGGAAUGAUUUCUGCUUUAAAUUAAACCGUUUUCCCACCAGCUGACUCUAUUGCCCAGGGUUAGUCAAAACAGAUUAGUUAAUUGGUAAAAAUCCUUUUUCAAUACGAGUUCUACAUUUCUGGUAUAUAUGAGCGAUAUUUUCAUCAAAACUAAUAAUGCUUUAUUCCUUUACUCUUAGUUUUUCCAUUAAAUGCAAAAGAUUCGUGUAUCUUUUCUUCUUUGUUUAAGGGAAAUUAAAGAGCACAGGCCAUCACUAAUUGUCAUAUGUAUUGAAUUCUGUUUAACUUUAAACUUCAGGAUGUUCAUAACUUCCCUGGUUGUUUUAACCUGGACUUUCCCAAAUCAGUUAUGUUGACACUUUACUGAUUUGAAUUUGCAAUAAGAUUCUAUUAUUGCAAUAAGUGAAACAAGCAAUAUUUAUAUUACUAGCUACCAUGUAUAAUGAGCGCUUUCAAUUCUUAAGAGACUUUACAUUAUUCUUUAUAUUUUGAGAUUCAAUGAAAUACCUUUUCGGUAGAUUCACCGUUUUCUAGUUCUUGGAACACGAAUCCGAUAAUUUUUAAUGUAAACUCUACUGUCAGUUCAUGGACAAUACUCCUCAUAAUCCUCAUAGAAUGUUCAUAUAGCACCAUACUACAACCAAAUGAAUAUCAACAAUCAUCUAACCACUUCGCUCAUGAUAUUACCUCAAACUUUGAGAUUUACGAGAGUUGUGAAUACAUUAAGAAAACUUUAGAAUCUAAUCUUAAUCUCACGACCAGUCCCAUAGUGUAGGAUACAUUUCACCGGAAUCGGCUACUAUCGUAACUGACUUCGAAAAGCUGGACUUUCCACAUGGCUGUGAAGCUUUCCCUUAACCGCACUUGAAAUGUCCUCAUUUUUAAGCACAAACGCUCAAUAAGACGAGACACAUUGAGAAAACUAACUUCCCUUCAAACCUAAUUCUAAUUAAACUUUAAAGCCGACAUUUGGGAUGAUCCGUUAGUAACACUUCAAAAAAAAAUAAUAAGAACACAAAUUUAGAGCGACAACACCACUUACUAUUAUUGUCUGAGCAACUGAAUAAGCAUACUGCUCAUUCAAGCAUCUUAAAACUUCACCGAGCCAUAUAUCACGCUCGUUUCACCCACGAACCACUCAGUACACUAUUGACUCCCUUCGAUUUCGGAGUUCAAAAUGAGUCGAAAACUAAUCGGUUCCGAAACCAUUAACAUCAGCAGAGCUUCAAUAAUCAACGAGAAAACUCGAAAAAUCAUCCUUCCUAUUUUAGUGAGAAGAGCAACCGUUUGUUGUCGCUGUUCAAUAACUACAUUACCAGGAACAGCAGUAAAAUCCUAAACCUCGCCCGGACAGAGACAUCAUUGAGUGAACACCUCAAUUGUUGUCCGUCCUCACAAACAAACUGCACCGGCUGUACUAGCACGUGUACAUUGCCAAAUGCGGUGUCCACAUGCAGCAACCAAGUCUGCGUCGUUACCCGAUGCAGUAAUAAUUUCGGCAACUGCGACAAUCAAGACGCAAACGGCUGCGAAAUACAAACAUCCACCGAUCGUAACAAUUGUGGGGCAUGCGGCACAGUUUGCUCUUUCCCAAAUGCUGUCCCUACAUGCACCUCUAGCACAUGCCGCAUUUCCAGCUGCAACACUGGAUAUAGAAACUGUGACGGCAACACAGCUAACGGAUGCGAAGUGAACAUAGAAAACAACCCACAAAACUGCGGCGCCUGCGGAAACCAAUGCAAUCUCGAUCAGGCUACGCCUUCCUGCGUCAACAGCACCUGUGUUGUGACAACUUGCAACUUCGGCUACGGAGACUGCAACAACCGGAACAAUGACGGUUGCGAAACUCGUCUAAAUACAUUAAGUAACUGCGGAUUUUGUAAGAAUGCGUGCAGUUUAGCACAUGCAGUUUCAACGUGUGCAUCUGGAACCUGCACAAUUAGCACCUGCAGUACUGGAUAUGCAAACUGUGACAACAACACCGCUAAUGGAUGCGAAACUAGCAUAACCACACUCACAAACUGCGGUUCUUGUGGAAAAGCAUGCAAUUUAGCAAAUCCAUCUUUAACCUGUACUUCUGGUACUUGUCCCAUUAGUGCCUGCCUUGCUGGUUUCGCCAACUGUGACAACAAAACUGCUAAUGGAUGUGAAACUAGCACCACUACACUGACUAACUGCGGCACUUGUGGAAAUGCGUGCAAUUUGGCAAAUGCGGUUUCGACGUGUGCUUCUGGAACUUGUGCUAUAAAUAGCUGUAAUGCUGGAUUCAAAGACUGUAACGGCAACCCAGCUGAUGGAUGUGAAACAAGCAUCACUACUCUUAGUAACUGCGGUGGUUGUGGAACCCCCUGCACUUUGCCAAAUGCACAGCCCACGUGCAAUACUCAAACUUGUGCAAUAAGUAGCUGUAAUGCUGGAUUCAAAGACUGUAACAGCACCCCAGCUGAU